GACCGUCACCACUUCGCAUCCUUCGAAGGAGCAAUUGCUGAGUAGGACGAUGCGAUGGGCGAGGGCAAAAGCGACCAUCCCGGCAAAAGGCAAAGAUCCUCCCCUCGUGGUGUCGGUAAGUCGUCCUCGGAUUCCGAGGUAGCGCAUGGUAAGGGCAAGGACAAAGGACGUAAGAGCAAGACCAAGGAAAGAUGGCCAUUCUUGGAGGAAUUAACGGUCGACGAGCUGGCUCGCUAUCGGAGGAAACGGGUGCAGGAUCAACCGAAGGACAAUCUGCAAUCUUACCCAGAAUCGAUAGUCCAGUGUUCAGCUUCUGAAUAUCGGCGCGCAUUCGGUGCAAAUGUUAAAGAACUAUCUAAGGAAAAUUUCUGGCCUGAAGAUUAUUUGCACGUAGAUGGAAUUCCUGAAAAUGCGCAAUCUUCGAAUUGCAUGGAUCUUAAAGAACAUGAAGCCGAAAUCGAGGAUUCAUCUGGAAAAAAUGAGAAUGUUUCCUCUCAAGUUCAUGGAAACGAAGUGAUGGAGACGGGAGUUCGUCAAUUCGACAGUUCAAUGAGACGCCCUUCGUUCAGAAAGGGUACCAGCUUGAAGUGCAGCGGUGAUUUUUAUACGGAUACGGAAACAUAUUCAGCGUACAUACCUUAUGAGGGUCAGCAUCGUGCUGAGCUCAUACGCCGACCUACAUCCCUGAAAAUGGAAGGUGAUUUGGACACCAUGACGGAAAAGUGCGAGAAAUUUAUCGAGUGGCUCAACGUUAGCCGACCGGAACUCAUGCGUGUACCCACCCACUUGAAGAUGGAGGGUGAGUUGGAAACAGCAACGGAAAAUCAAGACAAAUACGUCCCUUUCGUGGGGGCACGAAGGCCAGAAUUGUUAAGGCGAAGCACGAACUUAAAACUUGAGGGGGAUACUUACUUUAUGCCGGAAUAUACCGAUGUGUUUAGAGACUACAGCGUCAAAGAUAAAUCGCAACCACAGAAACCUCGAAUGCAUUUAAAAACUGGCGGAGACUUUUAUCAAAACACCGAGAGCACCGAAAAUUUCGCUCAUCCUUGCGUUAAACAGGCACAAGAAAUAGUUGAACGGCUUAAAGACAAUAAUGAAGAAAACAAAUGGAUGAGAAGUCAAGAAGAGGAGCGGAGGAAAGAUGAGGAGAUGAAAAUGUUGGUAUCGAAAUUGGAAGAUCUAAAUAAUCGACCACUCGAAGUUCCCGAAUAUCGUGAUGCAUAUAAGGAUUUUCCACGUGAACGACCGAAGAUCGCGAAACCGGAUACUGAGAUAGGUCGCGCCGAUGGCUCAAAGAUGACUUCGCCAUCGCGCUCUAAAUUUUCUAUAAAGAUCGAUCAGGAUCCAGAGUAUCAUUCCAAGUAUCUCGAUUAUCCCCGAGAUCGUCCUAUCUAUCGUAAACCACCGAUGAUGCUGCGACCAACAGAAGUGUCUUCUUCUGGUCGUAGUAGCACGUGUUACGGCAAACCGAUGCCUCAUGAAAGCCGUAUGUAUGAAUAUGAACCUACUAGCGAAGUGAGAUCCCAAUAUAUUCCUUACGGAUACAUACCGAGAGUCGAGACGCUGAAGAUGCCGGCUAAUCUGCGGUUGGAGGGUAAUCUUGAUCUUCAACCGGAAUAUAGGAAUGUUUAUUGCGCAAAAUACGAUCGUCAAAGCUGCGAUGAUCUUAGAACUACUCGUGGUAGGGGUGAUCGUAGUCCAAUUACAAAGAAAGAACACUGGUUGAACAGUGGAGACAAAACCGUCGCGCAAGGACAGGAUGCUUUUUGUGUGCUAGACACGCGGAUCCACGAAGAGAACGUCACUGGGAAACCACCGCCUGCUAGUAGAAGAAGCUCCAAGUUGCCUCAAGCCGCAGCAGCACCGAGACCGACGCAAUUGGAUCUGGAUCGUACUAUCGUCACGAGGACCCGAUCUCCCAGUCCAACGUAUCGUUUACACGUUUGUGAUGUUGAUAACGAGCGACGAGGAUUCGGUCGACUUGGACAGUCUUCCGGAAGAAUACGCAGCCCUUCGGCUGACCGAGUAAUUCGUGACGACGUUGCCAGACCAUAUUCGCCCAGUUUUGGCAGAAACAGACAAGACCGUCGCGCGAAUGAUCAACCAUUUGUAAUCCUAGAUAACGCUUCAAAGAACAUACCAGAUAGAAAUAGCGGUCGCAGAAAACGUACUGAUAGAAGCCUCGAUGUCCCAAUACCGGGGGUCUCUCGAGGGAGACCCAAAACACCGUCCAGAUGGAUGCCACCGUGGUACGACAAUACGAAUACGAUUUAG